AUGAUCGCUGUUCUCAAAGCUCUUCUCCUGACGAGUAGUCUGAUACUUGCGUCAGGGGCAGUACCAUCACAACAAAGCCGCGCACAGAAUCUGACAUGUCAGUUCAACGUGGGUCUUGAUACCUCGGAUGUUGCAAACACCAGCUAUGUGCGCAUGAUGAAGAACGUCAAGCUUCCUGUUUCCGGAAUGACAUACCGCUACGCCAUUAAUCCCCCAUUCGACAAGGAAAAGCCAUACUUCUUGUUCCUUCACGGCUUCCCAGAUACUUCGUAUGGUUGGGUAAACCAGAUCGAAUACUUUACGAGGCGCGGCUACGGCAUCAUAGCCCCAGACCUUCUAGGUACCGGUGGUACAGACAAGCCCGUCGAGCUGGAAGCUUAUAGUCUGAAGACAAUGGCCUCUGACAUUGCUGAACUGCUCGACUGCGAAGGUCUCGACAAGGUCAUCGCGGUGUCGCAUGACCUCGGAGCUUAUGUACUCUCGCGCUUUCACACGUACCAGUCUCAGUACCUCUCAGCUCUUGCAUUUCUGGAUAUUGGCUACAACUCCCCCGGCACAGACGUCAACCAAACCUUCGUCGAAGCUUACAACAACAUCUCUCAAGCAACAUUCGGCUACCCCAUUCUCGGGUACUGGUACUUCUUCGAUGAAGAUGACGCGCACGUCCUUUUGGAUGCACACUUGGAUUCUCUAUACUCUCUCGCGUACUCGUUCAAUGCACCGAAAGUAAUGGCGGAGAAUUUCAACCCGGUUGGUGCACUUCAAGAAUGGCUCGCAGCUGAUAGAAGAGCGGAAUACGGCAAUGAAUUCAUCACCAAUUCGACUCGGAAGCAAUGGAAAUCCAUCGUUCGCGCCCAGGGAGGCGUUGAGGCAAAUCUGAAGUGGUACAAAUCUUACCUGCGGGGUGUCAACUCGGCUGACGAGGACGAGAUUCGAUCGAUGUCGGGAGUCAUUGAGCAGCCUAGUCUGUUCAUCGCGGCCGAAAGGGAUUCGGUCGGUAUUCCGUCAGAGCAGUUACGUUCCACGCUGCCAUACGCUCCGGGAAUGCAGAUUAGAACUGUGGAUGCUGGCCAUUUUCUCCAUAUUGAGCGGGCUGAUGAAGUCAAUGAGGCACUCUACGACUUUGUCCAGGGCCUUCAAUAG